CCCUUUUCCAUUGUGAUCAUCAUGUCGCUCGUCGUCCCCGAGAGGAACCAAUUCCAGCACAUCAUCCGUCUCCUCAACACUAACGUUGAUGGUAAGAACAAGAUCGUCACCGCUUUGACCUCCGUCCGUGGUGUAGGUCGUCGUUUUGCCAACAUCGCCUGCAAGAAGGCCGAUGUGGAUCUCAACAAGAGAGCCGGUGAGCUUUCCAACGAAGAGUUGGAGCGCAUCGUCACCAUUCUCCAGAACCCUGCUCAGUACAAGAUCCCCAACUGGUUCCUCAACAGACAGAAGGAUAUUGUCGAUGGCAAGAACUCCCAGGUCAUCUCUAACGUCUUGGAUACCAAGCUCCGUGAUGAUCUCGAGCGUCUGAAGAAGAUCCGCGCCCAUCGUGGUCUCCGUCACUACUGGGGUCUCCGCGUCCGCGGUCAGCACACCAAGACCACUGGUCGUCGUGGCAGAACCGUCGGUGUCUCCAAGAAGAAGUAAAUUUAUUUUUCGACGUCGACUUGUUCGUUUAUCCAAUGGUAUUGCUUUUGCUGCCUGGACAACUUGUAUCAUUGUAGCCUCCCCUUUUUUCAUAAUAAAAAAUACAUGGCAGCUCAUUCACAUUGGCUUUUUUUUCGCAUA